UCUCAACAGAACACAGGAGAGACAAUCGUCAAGUCUUAACAGAACAUAGGAGAGACAAUCGUCAAGUCUCAACAGAACAUAGGAGAGACACUCGUCAAGUCUCAACAGAACAUAGGAGAGACAAUCGUCAAGUCUCAACAGAACAUAGGAGAGACAAUCGUCAAGUCUCAACAGAACAUAGGAGAGACAAUCGUCAUGUCUCAACAGAACAUAGCAGAGACAAUCGUCAAUUCUCAACAGAACAUAGGAGAGACAAUCGUCAAGUCUCAACAGAACAUAGGAGAGACACUCGUCAAGUCUCAACAGAACAUAGGAGAGACAAUCGUCAAGUCUCAACAGAACAUAGGAGAGACAAUCGUCAUGUCUCAACAGAACAUAGCAGAUACAAUCGUCAAUUCUCAACAGAACAUAGGAGAGACAAUCGUCAAGUCUUAACAGAACAUAGGAGAGACACUCGUCAAGUCUCAACAGAACAUAGGAGAGACAAUCGUCAAGUCUCAACAGAACAUAGGAGAGACAAUCGUCAACUACCAAACGGUCCUCCCAAACAGCAGCAGCAUGCAGGCUGGGAAGACAU